AAUGGCAAGUGAUACUUAAUAUUGUUUUCACUCUUCAUAAUAUUGGAUAUUCGUUUUUGAGUGAUUAAUAAUCUUUUCUUUUUCUUCAUCAAUUAUCUACUCAUUGUGGUUUCUAGAGGGAAAGAGAGAAGAUGGGUCGUGUUUUUCCUCAAUUAUAUGUUGUUUGUUUUUGUACUCUGUUUCUAAUGAAUGUUGCAGUCUUGUUUUGCAAUGGAGGAGAAACAAGCAGUUUCGUUAGGAAGACACACAAAUCGGUCGAUAUGCCGUUUGAUAGUGAUGUCUUUCGCAUCCCUCUUGGUUAUAACGCCCCACAACAGGUACAUAUAACACAAGGAGAUCACAAUGGGAAAGCAAUGAUUGUGUCAUGGGUGACUGAAUCUGAACCCGGUUCAAGUAUUGUUCUAUAUUGGAAACACCAUAAUCAUGCCAAACAUGGAAUUUUAAAGGCCAAAGGCAAAUAUAUUACUUAUAGUUACUUCAACUAUACUUCUCGAUUCAUCCAUCACUGCACCCUUACGGAUUUACAGUAUGAUACAAAAUACUACUAUAUGCUUGGAAAAGGAUUUACAAAAAGAACAUUUUGGUUCACAACUCCUCCUAAAGUUGGCCCAGAUGUUCCAUACACAUUUGGUCUUAUUGGGGAUCUUGGUCAGACAUUCGAUUCGAACAUAACGCUAACACAUUACGAACAUAACCCGAUAAAGGGACAAACUUUACUAUAUGUUGGAGACUUAAGUUAUGCAGAUCAUUAUCCAAAUCAUGAUAAUAAUAGAUGGGAUUCAUGGGCAAGGUUUGUUGAGAGAAGUGUUGCAUAUCAGCCAUGGAUAUGGACUGCAGGAAAUCAUGAAAUUGAUUUUGAACCCAGCAUUGGUGAAACUAAACCAUUUAAGCCUUUCACUCAUCGAUAUCACACUCCUUAUAAAGCUUCAGGCAGUACUGAACCAUUAUGGUAUUCUAUCAAGAGAGCUUCAGCUCAUAUCAUUGUGUUGUCUUCUUAUUCAGCAUAUGGGACAUAUACUCCACAAUAUAACUGGCUAGAAGAAGAGCUUCCAAAAGUGAACAGAAGUGAAACUCCAUGGUUGAUUGUUUUGGUUCAUUCUCCAUUGUACAACAGCUACAACUAUCAUUACAUGGAGGGUGAAAGCAUGAGAGUAAUGUUCGAGCCUUGGUUCGUUAAAUAUAAAGUCGAUAUUGUUUUCUCGGGACAUGUUCACGCUUAUGAGCGAUCGGAGCGUGUUUCGAACGUGGCUUAUAAGAUAAUCAACGGUCACUGCAAGCCUGUGAAAGACUUGUCUGCUCCGGUAUACAUCACUAUUGGUGAUGGUGGAAACAUAGAAGGAUUGGCUACUAGCAUGACUGAGCCGCAACCGCAUUAUUCAGCUUUUCGUGAGGCUAGCUUUGGCCAUGCAAUGUUUGAUAUCAAGAACAAGACGCAUGCUUAUUAUAGUUGGCAUAGAAAUCAAGACGGCUAUUCAGUCGAAGCUGACAAAGUGUGGUUUACCAAUCGGGUCUGGCAUCCAAUCGACGACUCUACGAGCAAUAUUGAUCAUUGAUUAAUUUAUCGAUCAAAUGAAUUAUGGAAGAGGAAUUAAUAAAUGAGUAAAAAUAAAUGUCUUUUUCAUUUCGUUGCUAAUUAAUAUGAUGUGAGUUAUUUUAUUAUGUUCUUUAGAAUGGAUUGAAUGAUUACAUUGAUUUCAAAUAAGAAAUGUUCAUUUUUUUUGCCACA